AACAGUCGACCGCGUCUGUCUCUGUGUUCGGAACAUACCAGGAGUGUUUGCGGCGACCACCAGUUCUAAACUCCACAGCAAACAGAUCGUCGUGCGGAGGGUUUUGGAGGGUGGGAAUGGCAGGCUGAUGCGUCAGGUGCGGUUCUAACUUUACUGCUGGCUCCUGAGGGAGUUGUCCGAAAACAAAAGUAAGCGGUGGAUGCCUUGAAUCAUGAGUAACCUAGGACAUCAGUCAAGGCCAGCCAAUGGCGUGGCCAGGUCUGACAGCAAACUCAGCGCCAAGGCCCUGUACGAGCAAAGGAAAAAAUAUUCCAACUCCAAUUUCAUCAUGCAUGAGACGUCACAGUAUCACGUGGAGCAUCUUUCGACUUUCAUCAUGGACAAGACCGAGUCCAUCGCCACGGUGGAUGAUGCCAUCCGAAAACUAGCCCUCCUGGAUUCAAAGGACAAAAUUUGGACCCAGGAAAUGCUCCUGCAGGUCACUGACAAGGCCGUCCGUCUGUUGGACUGUGACACACAGGAGGAGUUGGAGAACUUCCCCCUCCCCACCAUCCACCUGUGUCAGGCGGUGCUGAACCAGACCCGCUACCGCUCCGUGCUGCUGCUGGUGUGUCAGGACAAUGAGCAGCAUAAACCAGACAUCCACUUCUUCCACUGCGACGAGGUUGAGGCUGAGUUGGUCCAUGCAGAUAUAGACAGUGCCAUUGGAGACAACAAGCAUGGGAAGAAAAUGAGGCUUCAGACACUCAAGAUCAACCAGGAGAAAAUGAAGCGCCAUAGAGAGACCAUCUUACCUCCCUCGGCCCCUAGGGGCCAGUCCCCUGCAGCUGGACGAGUGGCUGCACCAGUUCCACAGACUAAACGAGCCUCGGGACAAAAUGACCCCGAUACACACGAAAAGCUGGCUCAGCGAAUCGAGAAGGAUGUGCAAAUUCUCAACUGUGCCCUGGACGACAUUGAAAUCUUUGUGGCGCGGUUGCAAAAAGCAGAGGAGGCUUUUUCUCAGCUCAACCAGCGCAACAAGAGUAAGAAGAAUAAGAAGAAAGGACCAGCAGAGGGCAUGCUGACCUUGCGGGCCAAACCCCCCACUGAGGCCGACUUCAUUGAUAGCCUGCAGAAACUGAAGCUGGCCCUCAACCUCUUGGCCAAGCUGAAGAAACACAUACAGAACCCAAGCUCAUCCGAGCUGGUCCACUUCCUCUUUGGACCUUUGGAUCUGGUGCUGAGGAGCUGUGGAAGUCCUGAACUGGCCAGGUCGGUGAUUUCUCCUCACCUGUGCAAAGAUGCUGUGGACUUCCUGCGCGGGCAUCUCUCCCCAAAAGAGAUGACCACCUUUGAGUUGCUCGGUGAUGGAUGGACCAAACCAAGGGCAGAGUGGCCAGCAGACCAGUGCGCUCCGCCCUACUACCCCAGGUUCCGAAACGGCUGGGAGCCACCGGUGGAGUUUUUCAAAACGUCCCCAUGGGAAACAGAGAGCAGCAGUGGACCUCUGCGGUCUCCCACCAGCCCCAAAUACAGGCAGCACUCAGCCGAUGAAUUUUACGGAAGUCACUCUUCAAGCUCAUCAAAUGGGUCCAACAUGUCCCUAACACGGAAAUUUGCCAAAAUCCGCUACCACUUUGUAGCACGUAAUGCCAACGAGCUGUCGGUGCUGCAAGGCGAAGUCCUGGAGGUGAUAGAAGAUGACAAGCAGUGGUGGAAGCUGCGGAAUCGCAGUGGCCAGGCCGGAUAUGUCCCGUACAACAUCCUGGAUGUGGUCAAGUUGGAUGAGCCUGACAGCGUCUUCAACCCGGACUUCAGGACUUCGGCGCCCAGCUCUCCUAUCCAUGGAACUAAAGACAGAAAGAUGGAUGAUGUCAACAACGAGUUAUCGGCAAUCCUCAAAAACAAACCCCAAGCACCGAUCAGGAAGUUCCGAGUGGAGCGGAACUCCACCAGCCAUGUGCCACUCACCUUUGACUCCAGUCCUGAGCAGGUCAUGGCUUGGCUGACGGCGAAGGACUUCUCCAAGCCGACGGUGGAGUGUUUGGGGAUCCUGACGGGAGCGCAGUUGUUUUCUCUGAACAAGGAAGAACUGAAGGCGGUGUGUGGAGAGGAGGGCGCUCGGGUUUACUGUCAGAUAACGGUGCAGAAGACCGAACUGGAGAAAUCAGGUGCUGAGUCUUCAGAACUGGACGAAGUCAUGAAGAAGCAGCUGGAGAGGAUCAACUCUGGCAAAAAGGACUGAAACGGCUCGGCGACCACCAAGACGCUUUGCUUCUCUUCGUUUCUGCUUCACCAAUCAUCCUAAUUAGGAGUCUAGAAAAGCACUCAAAUGUUGUAAACAAUUGUAAUUGUGUAUUUAUUUGGUGUCUCCUAUUGUGUAAGUAUCCAAGUGUUCAGUAAUGUUGCUCUGCCCUCUCGUCGCUGGUGGUAUGAAAAGAGGAGCAUGCGAAUGUUGUGCAGGUGAACGUGCAUGUGAGUGUCUGCAUGUACCUCAAACUAAGUGUAGUACAAAGUAUGGUCCGCGUUCAUGCUGUUGUUGCGAGUAUAUUCGGAAGAUCAGAGAAUCGUAGAUGUUAAAUAUCUGUGCCAGGACGUAUGACUCAUUUCGGAUAUAUAGCCAAUUAUUUUCAUAUGAUGGUUUACAGUUACAAUUAUUAAUAAAAUGCAACAAAAUUGAGACAAAAAUGUUCCUU